UGUUCAUGAAAUAAGUGUUUUGAGUUGUAUGCUCUCCACAGUUACCUGGGGAAUAUGAGGGGAUGGGCAGUCUUUCAGGACGGGAAAUUUCAUGUGCUGUACUUGGCGUGGGACCACCCCACAGCAUUUUCUGUUCAUAGUAUUCUCCCAGUUCGGCCUUCUGUAUUCAGUCCAAGUCUUCCUAAAUGCUACAGUGGCCUGUCCUGGUUUCUAUGCCAUCAUCAAGUUUUAUCCAGCAAGGGCUGCCCGAGCCCAAAAGGCAUGUGAUCAGAAGCAGCUUUUUGAGAAAUCUCCAGUGUUGGUUCAUCUGGGCACCACACACAAGGCAAUUCAACAUCAGUCCCCUGCCCUAAACAGCUCCCGAUGCCAAGAAUUGGCACAUUACUACUUCGGUUUCAAUGAAUGGUCAAAAAGGAUCAUCAAGGACUUUAAUUCAAAAUCCUAACGGCUUCAGCAUCUUUCUGAUUUUGAAGAAACAGAUAAUGAAGAUACUGUGGCACCACUGCAGAAGCAAAGCCUGAAGUUCUGUGCUUUAGGCAUGGUAUCGCCAGGCCGUGAGUUCAGGAGUCCUGGAGUUGGUGUGGCUGAGGAGCCUUUGGAUAAGCUGGAGGCAGGGUCUUUAUCAUUGCUUAUGAAAAGGAAGACAAUCCAGAAGCUUGCUAUUCAGAAGGCUAUUUCAGAUGCAUUCCAGAAACUGCUGAUUGUGGUUUUAGGGAAGAUUUUUGUUGCUGUUAUUGUCCUUGAAGUACUUGAGUUUCAAUGA